CAUGGCCACUGCACUGGUAUGGCCUCAAAGUCAGUCAGUUGUUGUCAGUGAUACCGGUUGGAGUUCGGUUUAGGCGAAAAGGAAACGUUCGAUGCAAAGGAAGGCACAAGCCGACAGAGAAAGCCUUGCGUGUAAAUGGCGUUGAAUGGGUGGGGACAGCGUUUUUAUAGCAGUGUAGUGACAAUGUAUUUUCAUUAAUCCUUACGUGGAUAGACGUGUUAUAUGUGAAUUUUAAGUGCGUAGCGUGAACAGGGGGGAAAUAAGCGAUUUUUUGUUUUUAUUUUCCUGGUUUUAAGACUGAAAAUUGAAUUUUAAAAUUGAAAAUUGAAAUUUCUGCCCUGCUGGAAUCUGAAGAGCAGAAAACCCCUUCCACCGUCACCGACUUAUGGUGUAGUGGGGUAGAAGGAACCCCUGCAGUCGGUACGGUAACUGCAAGAACACCAUCUUCAUCUGCUUCUUUGACUUUUUCAUCCUGUAACUGGUUGGAGGCUGUAGAGAGGUGCCUAUUGGUCAUCUACCUGUUGGCAUAUAUGCUGGGAGUUCUGAAAAGACGGUGGAAGCCCAAGAGGGCAUCCAGUGGGCGUCGCGUGGGGCAGGGCAAGGCGGAGCCCACGCUACAGGGUGAUGCUGCUGACAACAAACCAUCUCGGACCGCCGCUUCGCCUAGGCAGAUCCACCCUGUAUGUGAAGACAGAACACAGAUCCUAGCGUACGAGAACAAACCGGCGUCGGCAGCGAUCCUAGCGACGUCCUCGGCACUGCCUCUGGAUCCUCCCAGCUACCCGGCGCCGCCGCCUCUACCGACAUACCCACUUACCCCCAACAUAUGCGUCGAGGGAGGACGAAUCGAGUUCAUAAAAACGCCGCCCGAUGUCGCUGCAGACCGAAAAUUUCCACCGACGACGUCAUCAUCAUCAUCUAUAUCGUCGUCUCUACAGACGCCUACGUCACAGCAGGCACAGACAGUGACGCGUGCGCAGCAAACUGUAGACGGGGACGAGAAAACGGAUGUCGCUAAGGAGAGCCUGGAGGCGCGGGUUCUGGAGUUGGAGAAGGCGCUUGAGGCCGAGCAGAAGAAUGGACAGCGAGAGCGGUUGGCACUGACGCGACUGCAGCGACAGCUCGCCAGGAGGGAGGUGUUGCAGCGCGAUGUGGAUCGUGAGAGGCGACUGCGGCUGGACACUGAGGUGCGCCUACGAGAUUCCACGAGUGAGGCGGACCGUUGCCGGGCGAGGCUCGCCAGCCUCCAACGUGAGUUCGGCAGAAUGGAAGAGACGGUGCGAGCCAUGCUGCAGUACAAGGCUCACAGUGAGCAAUUGAAACAAGAGAAAACCAACCUCACCGUCGCUUACGAGACUCGCAUCCAUCAGUUCCAAAACAGCAUCACCAAGCUGGGGCAGGAGAACGAAACCCUCAGGAAGCAGAUCUGCGUCCUUGAGGCUGCGGGUGCUGGUGAAGUGCAGAACACGCUGUUGGAGAGGCUGCGUGAUCUGGAGACAGAGAAUUGUAACCUAACAAGAGACGCUGAAUUACAGAGGCGGCAGUAUGAACGAUGCCUGGAUGAUGUCGCAAAUCAAGUAGUACGUGCUCUGCUCACACAGAAGGGUUUGCGGGAGGAGAUCAUUGCACUACAGAGACGUAUCAAGGAACUGGAAGCUCAGAACCGUGCACUGGCCUCUGUGCUGGUGCAGCAGCUACAUCAGGGCUCCCCCCUGUUCAUACCAGGCGAGGCAAUCAGUAAGGUGCCAGCUGGAGGUGCUGGGGACGAACCACUUGUAGGGCACACUGCUACCUCGAAUUUAGGACUGCCUGGGUUGUAUGCUCCAAGCACUUGCACUGCAGAAACUCCCAUGACAUCGGACACAUCAAUGUCUACGCAUAGCAGUAGUGAUGUUGUGACUCCAGAUGAUGAGAUGUUGAAGAGGCGGCAUUGCCAGCAAUUGAUCACUCCAACCAGCAGUGAUCUGGCAACACCAGAUGAUGACAUGCAGAAAUCUUGUUUGAGAAGGCAACAAGUGACUCCAACCAGCAGUGACCUGGUAACACCCGAAGAGGACACAGUGAAGACCUGCAGACUGAAGAAACACCAGCAGCACAUGUUGGGGAAGUUCUCACGGGAGGACCAUCCUGUGGAUUCCAGGGAACAUGUAGCAUCCACAGGAGCCCUGUUCACAAGCCUGAAGACUGCCGCGCUUGUGGACCCCAAUAUGUUGUGGCUUCCUCUGCAGAGGCCACGGUCACUCAACCUUCAGCUUCAUUGCACCAGUACUGGUCAGCAAGUAGCAGCACUGGCGGCUGUCACAGCCAGCAAAUGCUGCCAACAUCGCCACAGUAGGCCUCUGAUUGCACACUUAUCUGGUAGCAAGGUGCCCUCUGUUACCCACAAUAACAACAAUGCUGUUGCGAUGGAGGAUGAGGGCAGUGAGAGUCCUGAGAGUGGAAAUCGAGACGAGGGCUACUCUACAAUGUCUAGUGAUGUACAGGGUGAAGCACUUCGUUCAGGAGACCAGCCAGUGUCUAUCACCACAUCCUGCACCAAUGGAGACAUCCAUCAUCGAAGGGGACUGGAGGAUCUCAAGGAAGCCACUGAUGAGACUGACAUGUCAACUGUUGCAGCAGUUUCUGGGACAGCUGGCAACACUGCUCCAUCAUCGACAGCACUUGUAGACUGCAGUAGCCCUGGAACUGCUGUAUCACCCAGCAUUGGAAACAGACUCUUGGUUGUGGAAGAUGCUUGUGAUCCUGAUGUGCUCUACAUACCUCUAGGUCUUGCCCUGAGUCUCAGUACAGCUAACCCACGCCACAGCUUCCCUCCGUCCCGUGAUCUCCUCCCAUAUCAGCAUAUCAUGAGGAGCUUUUCUGACUCCCAUCUAUGUCUCAAAAUCACAACUGCACCAUCUCCUUCACCCAUUAAUAACCAGCAGCACUCAUCAUUUUCACUAUCAUCCAUGGCAUCAUCAUCACCAUCUGUACUUGUCCUUGACGUCCUGGCAUCAACGAAUGCUGGUGAAGUGGCUCAGAAGCAGUCUCAUCCUCUAAGAAGGACAAAGGCGACCACCAGUUUGCUAACAUCAGCCCUCAGCGAAAAUCGUGAGUCCCUAGAGGAAGAAGACACACACAGCAACAGUGGCAGUUGGUGCAGCGGUGGGGAUGUAGUGGUGGAGGGAUGCUGGUGGGAUGCUGAUUAUGUGCAGCAUUGGCUUCGCCUGGAUGACACCCGCAGUGCACUCCAACAACAGCACCGAGACCUGAUGGAGCUUGAGUAUGAUCAAGCAGAGCUGGAGGACUGGAGCAUGUCAUUGUCAUGCGAGGACAUUACCUCAUCGGCAACGUCUGUGGCAUCGGGUGUGGUGUCUUCAGCAGACUCUUCCUACUGGAGGCGACCAGGCACAGUGGUGAAUGAGAGUCAGACACCAGGACAACAGCAUGGCACAAUGCUACCCAGUAUUCAAGAGAAUAAUGCUCUAGAGCUGGAAGAAGAUUCCAGCGAAUGUCUUUGGAAUAAUGCAAGUUACCUCAUUGACCACAGGAGUGGUGGAAGUGAACUAAUGACAUUACUGAUGGAUGACGGAGAUCAAAAUGGGGGUAACAGCUUAGGACAUAAAAACACUUGGCCUUAUGGUAAUGGAAACAAUGGUGGAAUUGGUGGAGGAAAUUACAGCUUAGCUUCUCCUGGAGGCAGUUGGUCAAGUACAGGAACAAAUUCAGAAGAGUGCUGUCAUUCAUAUGACUGCUCUUACAAUGGCUGUAGUGGAAGUGGGACAGGUGGCUGCCAAGAAAGUUCAUCUAAACGCUCCUCAGCAGCUAUGAGUGGCUGCAGUGAUGAUGCUGCAAGCUCGGAGUCACCAGCUGUCAUCGGAACUGAUUUCACCCGUGACUUCUACCGCCUUGUCAAAUUUGAAAGUACAAAGUCUCUGGCCUCCACAUCAUCAAGAAGCCUAGUAGGUGGGACAUGUGUGUCUGAUACAAGUGGGUCCCUCACACGGCGUCAGGGUCCCGACUUAUCCCAUAUGUCUGGCAUUCCUUUAUCUCAGGAUAGAGAACAAGCUCUACAAAGCGUCCUUAACUUCAUAGCAGAGCAGCAACAGUACUGUGCAUCUAGGGAAGAACAGGAUUCUGUUAAGGAACAACACAGUACAAGUUCCUUGAUCAGACCUGAAUCACAGGGUUGUAAUGACUGUCAGAGAAGCAGUGAGAAUAGUCUUGCAGUUUGCCCAAGCCAACAGGUAUACUCAGUGCCAACAGAGUUGGAAACCAAACAUGAAUCAGGGGUGACUAUACAGUUGUGUUCUCCUGUCGAAAGUUCUGCUUCUGACAAUAAUAUUGAGGAUCAAGUUUCUGCAGACAGAAGUGUGCAGCACACUGAAGAAGACUGCUCAAAGACAGAUACACAUGCCACUCACACCUGCUCAAGCUUGCAAGAGGAUGAAAAGACUGUUCCUAGUGAUGACAAUACAAGGAAUCCUGACAGCUUUGAGGACCAGAUUCACACUAUCAUAGAACUGGAUACAAUAAACCAUGUGUAUACUUCUCUAGAAGAAAAUGAGAUUCAGAACUCGUCAAACAAAAAGGUGAAAUGUUCAGAGGUAGAACUCAAUGAACAGAACUCAUCCUCAACCAAGAAAAUGCAGCAUAAUAAUAAAGUUAUUCAUGAACUUAAAGAAGAACCGUGUAUUGAUUUGAAAGACAUAUUGAAACCCGACUUCCAGGAUGCUUACACUGAAGGAGAGGAGUGUGGUGGCAUGGGUAUCUCUUUGACAAUGCAGUCCCAUACUACAGAAGUGGAAGCUUCAUAUCUUUUGAAAGAUAUGCAACAGCAGUCCAGUGACUACAAGCUCAGUGCUAAAAAUCCACAAACUGAACAUGAAGCCCAGCUGAGUCAAAGUGACAUUCCCUUUAACAAGGACAGGGAUAGCAGUGGAGAAGUCCAGAAGUGUGUGGAGGACAGUGGCAUAUUAUGUGAAAGUGUGCAAGAACAAACUAGUAGAAAUGGAGAGAAUGAAGUUAAUGUUGCAGAUGAUUAUGUUAGGUCUCUUUAUUGUUCUGGUAGUUCACAGCUGCUACUGGGCCAAUGUUCCAAGGGGUUGUUGCACAAUCCACAGUGUGGUAGUAUUGGUGUGGGAUGUUGUCGGGUUGGGGAAGUGCUAGUGACUGUGAUAGAAGAGGAGGAUGAACAUGCAUCAUCAUCCAUGGAAACAAGUAGCUGUAGGGAGAUGACUGACUCGAUAACAUCUACUGUGUCUACUCCCGACACUGUAGUGAGUCCAGCCACGCGCAAAACCCAACAGCAACAUUCAUUAGACCUAUCAGUGUCUCAGACAAGUAUUGCUGGCAGUGCUAGUUCAGGAAACAAUGGUGGUAGUUUGACUAUGGCAGAUGCACCUGCACAUGCCUGGGCAGUUGGUUUUCAUGAACGAGCCACUUCCAAAGACAUGAUUGAUGAACUUAACAGGAUGAUACGUAAGGGUGAAGAUGGUGCAGGUGCAGGGUCCACUGGGAGUUCAGGUGCUGUUGCAGUAGCAAGUGAGGGAGAUGUAGCUGCUGCACUAGGAGCAACAAAACUUGAUCUGGCGUGCUGUUGCCCUACUGGCUGGGUCCACAUAGAACGCGAUAUAGACUUUACGGAUCCUAAGGCACGAGCGAAUCUACUGGAUGUAAUGCUAGCAUCCAGUGGCAGCUCAGGGGCAAGCAGUAACAGCAGCAGCAGCAGCAGCAGUAGUGACAGCGGUGAUGAGCCUGCAGACUACCAGCACCUCCACAGACUGCAUAGGUUUCGCCGUCAGAAGAAAGCAUCGGCUACUCGAGAGCAGUUGGGGGUGCUGCGGUACCCCACAUCAACUCCUCGCCCAUCCAUCAUUGGGCGGGAUGACUUCUUUGUGCGCUACGGUGACAAGGAGCGAGAGGCUGUUGCAAGCUUUGACUUCCUAGAAGACAUCUCCACUACAUCAGUCAGCGGUGCCUCUUCCUGCGAUACACUUGGCUCAUCCCAGAAACUGCCAGCAGCCCCUCAGCAACCACAACCCUCCAAAUCACAGCCCCAACAGCAUCAGCCUCCCAAGAAACAACCAGUGCAGUCGGAACCAGAAAUGACAACCCCUAGCAGUGAGGAUAGCGAUGAUCGAACAGGAGGGCAACUGUCUUUCAGUGACUCUUGUGCUGCUAGCUUCUCAGGUUCCUCAGCUAGUCUUGAAAACCAGGAAGAGUAGUCAGCCAUCUUAUAUUAAGUGUAUUUUGAUUCCCAAUGGCUUUAACACAAGCUAAACUAGUCCCACAAACAAUGAAUCAUUACUUUAGACUUAAUCCUUCAAUACCAACCCCACACAUUCACAGAUUUAUGAGUUUUAUCUGGAAAGUCACAUCAUGCAAAUGAAAUCACAUUCAGAUCUUGUGUGCCCAUAUUCAUUGAAAACUCAAAAAUGUUUCAUGAUCACUCCAAACUUCUCCAACACAGUCACAUUCCUUAUUGGUCAUGUCUCUACUUGCAACUGUGCACAGAAAUGAGAAGGUAAUUUACUCAGACAUUUCUUUUACGGUGUUUAAGGCACAUAAAUUCAUGCUUGAUAUGUAAGGAAUGUAAUAACUGGCAUUAGAAUAAAUAGGGUUUCUAUUCAAUGUCAUCCCUAUCUACAUAACAUAAGGCUACUAGUCUGCAUAUACAGACAACUCUCGAUUAUCCAGGAUAAUGGUGGGGAUGGAAAUCACGAUUAAUCGAAAACCCGGUUA